CCUUCACCCAACCCCACACCACCCCCCAAACACCCUCCCCCACCAACCCCCCCCCAACCACCCCCACCCCCCCCCCCCACCCGCCCCCCCCCCCACCCUCCACCCCCCCCCCCCCAACCACCCACCCUCCCACUACCCACCCCACCCACACAACCACAACGACACCUUAACCCACCCCCCACAACCCAACCAUCACCACCCCCCCCACCCCCCCCACCACCCCCCCCCCCAACACCCCCCCCCCCACCACCCCCCUCACCGCCCCCCCCCCCCCCACCCCCCCCCCCCCACCACACCCCACCAAACCCCCAACCCCCUACCUAAAAAAACCCACCCCCAACAAAACCCCCCCCCCCACCCCCCCCCCUCGCACACACAACCCCACCCCCCCCCUUCCCCCCCCCUCCCCCCCCACCCACCCAACCACCCCCCCCACGACCACCACCCCAACCCCCAACCACACCACCCCCCCCACCACCCCCCCCCCCCCCCCCCCCCCCCACCCCACCACCCCCACCCAACCCACAACAAACCAAACGCACCCCCCCACACCACAACCGCCCCCCAACACCCACAAACCACCCACCAUCCCCCCCACACCCCCCUCACCACCCACUUCCCCCCCCCACCCCACCCCCCCCACCCCCUCCCACACCCCCCCACCCACCCCACCCUCAAACACCCCCCCCCCCCCCACCCCCCACACCCCCCCCCCCCCCCACCUUCACAACCAAAACCCCCCCCCCCCCACCCAACCCCACCCGCCCCACCCCCACCCCCCCCCCCAACCCCCCCCAACCCCCCCCCCCCCAUCCCCCCACACCCCCCCCCACACCCCCCCCUUCCCCACCCAAUCCACCCCCACCCCCCCACCACCACCCCCACACCCACCAACACCCCCCCACCCAAACCCCCCCCACCCCACCCCCCAACCCACCCCACCCACCACCACCCCCCCCCAACCACCCAACCCCACCCCCCCACAACCCACCACCAAACCCCGCAGAACACACCCUCCCAAAACUACACCCCCCCCCCCAAUCUUCACCACCCCCCACCCACACAACCCCCCCUCCCAACUCCCCCCACCCACCCCCCACCCCCCCCCCCACACACCCACCCACCCCACUCCACCCCACCACACCCCCCACACAAACCCACCACCCACCAGCCGCCCCCCACCCUCCCCCACCCCCCCCCCCCCACCCCCCGCCCCCACCCCCCCCCCCACCCACCUAUCCCCACCACCCCCACCCACCCCCUCCCCCCCCACCCCCCCCCCCCCGCCCUCCCACCCUCACCCCAACCCCCCCACUCCCCCCCCCCACCACAUCCCCCAACCCCUCCCCCCCCCCCCACCCACCCCCCCCUCCCCCCCCCCCCACAAAACCCCCA